CAGGUUCCCCCAGAUCUCCAGAAUGAAGUGCUGAUCAGCCUUCUGGAGACAGAUCCGGAUGUUGUGGACUACCUGCUCAGAAGAAAGGCUUCCCAAUCCUCAACCAGUUCUGUAUUUCCGGCCGCAGUGCAGGCUUGCUCACAGUACCCUGCCAGCGCGUUUACACCCUGACCUGGAGAGACCAGCUAAGGAUGUCAGGGCCACUGUUUUGAGGAAGGUAGAAAAUAAAGAUAGUUCCAGGAGCCCUGACAUGCUUCAGUCGGAAGUUUCCUUUUCCAUGGGAGGGAGGCAUUCAUCUACAGACUCCAACAAGGCCUCCAGUGGAGACAUCUCCCCUUAUGACAACAACUCCCCAGUACUGUCUGAGCGCUCCCUGCUGGCUAUGCAAGAAGACAGGGCCCGGGGGGGCUCGGAGAAGCUUUAUAAAGUGCCAGAGCAUUAUACACUGUUGGACCACUUGCCAUCGCCAAAGUCGAAGUCAAGAGAAAGUUCUCCUGGACCAAGGCUUGGAAAAGAUAUGUCAGAGGAGCCUUUCAAUAUCUGGGGAACUUGGCAUUCAACAUUAAAAAGCGGAUCCAAAGACCCAGGAAUGACAGGUUCCUAUGGUGACAUUUUUGAAAGCAGCUCCCUCCGACCGAGGCUGUGUUCCCUCUCUCAAGGGAACCUAUCCCUGAAUUGGCCUCGGUGUCAAGGGAGCACCACGGGGAUGGACAGUGGCACUCAGGUAAUUCGGAGGACUCAGACAGCGGCCACCGUGGAGCAGUGCAAUGUCCACCUUCCGGUGUCACGUGUCUGCAGCACUCCCCACAUCCAGGACGGCGGCAGGGGGUCCAGGCGGCCUGCAGCCAGGUCUGAGCCAUUUUUGUCCUUAAACAGCACGGAAGACCUGGCCGAGGGCAAGGAGGAUGUGGCCUGGCUGCAAAGCCAGGCCCAAGCUGUGUACCAGAGACCUCAGGAGAGUGGUAGAGAUGACAGGCGCCCCCCUCCACCUUACCCAGGGUCAGGGAAGCCUGCCACGACCUCGGCCCAGCAGCCACUAGAGCCUCCCCUAUGGAGGCUCCAGAGGCAGGAAGAAGGUUCAGAAACAGCUGUGGAAGAAGGAGGCCAGCAGGCCUCAGGGGAACAUCAGACCAGGCCAAAAAAACUGAGCAGCGCCUACUCCCUCUCAGCCAGUGAGCAGGACAAGCAGAACUUAGGGGAAGCCAGCUGGCUCGACUGGCAGCGAGAGCGGUGGCAGAUCUGGGAGCUCUUGUCGACUGACAACCCCGAUGCCUCCUGAAACCCUAGUAUAAGCCUGCCAGCAGCUGAGCCUCCACCUUCCAAAACAUCUCCGCCCAGACCUGGAAACUAUGGACAAUUGACACUUACUCGUUUUUUUUUUGUUUUUCCACAUUUUGAAAAGUAACACAAGAAAAAGUCCACUUCCAGAUUCACUUCUACCCUUGCCAUUUAUGGUAAGACUCUAUUGCAUAGCCAGCCUUAGGAAAAGCAAACAAACAUGACAAUUCCCAAUCUAAAAACAACCCACAUUGGCUUUAUGUAAAAUCAAACUCUUGCUUUGUUACAGCUUAAGUGUAUUUAUGUGUCUUCAAUUUUGGCUAUUGUGUAUUCUGUAACAAAUUAUGUAUAUCAAUAUGAUAUUCACAGAGAAGACAGAACAAUUAGAAAAAAUCACUGCACUUAUAUUACACUUUGAGAUAUAUUAAGCAACCAGAUUCUAUAUGCUCUGGAUUAUGCACAAGCUGGCAUCUGCUUUUUGCCAUCACUUCUUUAACUGGGGACACCCUCCUUCAAUGCCUAAAGAAAUACUAACCAACCAAAAGAGAAAUGAGAAGCCAUAUUUUUAUAUAGUAUUGAGACACAAAAGUUAUAGACACUGAAUGCUUUUUCAUAGUGAGUAUGUUUUAAGGAAAUAUUAAAUUUGAUACAUUAUGAAGUAUAUUUUUAGACACUGUUUAGAAAGGACUCAGUGAAUCAAAUCAGAGAAAGGUGGUGCCUAAGAGUACUUAAGAAAAUUUCCAUCCCAUUCUAGGUCAAAUUCAAUUUUAUAUAGGCCUCUUAUAAUAUAUAUUUAUAAAGUAUUACUUUUAUGUAUUUUUCAAAACUACCAACUGAAAUUCAAUCAUAAAAAGUUUUAAAAUACAAAUACACAUUCAAAUUAUACAUCAUUUCCCCCCAUCUGCUCUGUUAUCAAUUUUAGCCCAAUUACAAGCAAGUCCUUGUAAAGUAAAUCCUAUGGGGGGGAGCAAAAAAGCUACAUCUUUGCGCUUACAUUGUACCAAAGGCUGAGGAAAUGUGUCUUCAGUAAUAUUAUGUGUAUUGUAAUGGUAUUGUAAUGUGUGUGUUACUACAGUAUACAGUACUUCAGUAAUUUCAAGUGUUACAACUGCAAAACCACUUUUGACCAGCAGGUGGCAGUUUGCUUCAGUAUUUUCCAAUUUUUUUUUUUUCAAAUCAGAAGGGUCAGUGUAUUAUAUACAAAGAGGGUUAUAUAUAUAUAACGUGAUACUCUUCAUUUUCAUGUUGGCAAUGAAAUUUUUCAGUGGUGUUUCUUAAAAUUCUAUCUUGUGCCAUGGUGAAUAAAAUGUUAAGCAAAAA